CUUAUUUAAACCCAACGAUGGUGUUGGCUAAGGUAGACUUUCACUGUUUCACAUCUAGCUUGUUAGAGAUAAUAUCUCAUUGAUUUUCUUUCUUGUCGUCAUAUACUGCAGUUUGUAGCUUGUUGAGUUGGCACAAAGAUUGAAAAUAUGAAGGCGCGGUGGCUUGUGUUAGCAAUAUCAAUAAUAUGGGUUGUUCUUCAAGGAGUAGUUUAUGCAGCAGAUGUAACUUUUGACCUUGAAACAGCUUCAAAGACAAAAUAUGGCACUUUUCUAAGCAAUCUACGCAACAUUGUGAAGGAUUCAAAGCUAGUGUACGAAGGAAUUCCAAUGCUCCCUGCACCCAUAAAACCAGCAAAAUACCUUUUAGCCGAGCUAAAAGCUAAAAAAGCCGGUACUGACAUAACCAUCACACUUGCUGUUAGUAAAAAUGACUUAUAUGUAGUGGCUUUUACUGAUCAAGUAGCAGGUAAAUUACGAGCUCAUUACUUUCCUGAUAUUAGUCUUGCUACUGCAAAGGCCAUUUUUCCUACAGCAACGCAGUACAUACAAAUAGGUUACACUAGUAAUUAUGUAUCAAUUGAAGGUGCUGCUGGUUCUAAUAGAGUGAACUUUCAGUUGGGAUUUGUGAAACUUAAAGAAUAUAUGCUGAAUGUCUAUGGGAAAAAUGUUCAGGACUCAGAUUAUAGGAGAAGUGAAGCAAGGUUCCUUCUCGCCGCGAUUCAAAUGGUUGCUGAGGCAGCGCGAUUCAAGUAUGUUGAGAGCAAAGCAAUCAAUAAUGUUGUACCAGAUUAUAAGGUGCCUAGUUUAGAGAACAAUUGGAGUAAAAUUUCUGAAGGUAUACGAAAAGCAGUUAAGAAGGUCAUCAGUCCACCAAUUGAAUUAGUGAAUGCUUCGAAUGGGAAAUGGACUGUGAAUCAAGUGAGUGAUAUUAAACCUGACAUGGGAAUCCUAAGCUAUGUACCUUAAUUACUUGUGCUGUUACUUCUUUUCAAGUGAUGUUAUGUAGUGUGUAAUCUUGUGAUGAGGAUAUAUUGGGAUUUCUACAACCCAAUUAUCCCCUAAUAAUAGAGUUUCAUUGUAUUAUUAUGGAAGAUGUCAAGUAAAUAAAAGCACAGCUUUCUAUGGCUAUCAGGCCAUAUGCAUGUUUGGUAA